GCAGCGGAACUUAGCGCGGUAGGCAAACCGUGGAUGCGAAACGUAGGCUACUUGGAAUACCGACGAAAUUUUUUAAGAACUGUGUUUGGACUCCAUUUUAUAGUAUCCUAGAUUCUGAAUACUCAGCUGACUGAUGAUGACUCCAAUGUUAGGUGCCCUCAUUUUGCUUGCUGUGGCACACUACUGCGUUCCAGCAAUCGCAGGCGUCUGCCCAACAGGCUGGGAACGUUUUGGCGACUCAUGCUACUUUGCCAAGAAGGAACGCAUGACGUGGACAAAUGCAGGCAUGUUUUGCGAGCGGCUUGGCGGCAACCUGGCCGUGCCUAACUCGCAGGAAGAGCAAGAUUUCCUGUGGAUGACCGUCGAGGAGUACCUCGGUCCCUUCUCGAGCCCUCCCUGGGACUACGGGACGUUCAUAGGCUGUGAUGACGUUGCCAUGGAGGGCUCAUGGUACUGCAACUCACUGCCGUUACAGUAUGAGAACUGGGCUCCGAACAAACCAGAUAAUUACCACAACGGGGAACAUUGCGCAAUAAUCGUACCCUUCGAGGGGCAGUGGGACGACGGGUCGUGCGACUUGAUUAGGUUCUCCGUUUGCGAGGUCCGUCUCUCCCGUGUGGCGUUUUGCGAGACAUCCGCGGUCCGAAGCUUUACAGAAACCCAGUGUGCGUUGGAUGGCAGUGCCGCGGAGCCACCACCGGUAGGGCACAUCUUGUCCUGCGGUAAAGCUUGCCGAUCCGAGCCUUACUGCCGCUCCUUCAACCUCAUGCAGCUCAGCGCAGGUGAGAUGUACUGCGAACUGCAUGGGGCAAACUGAAACUCCGCCAUUUACACCGUCUUUGAUGAGGAAAACAUUAAAGGAAAAGAGUGCGGCAAAACGUAUAAGUAUAAAGCGGUGGAUCUCUUUGAUCAACCGAACUGCAAAACACUCGAAACAUUAGAGAUUUUGCAGUUGGACAUUUAGGACUGAUUUUUACAGUCAUUUUCGCUAAACGCUAAUAAUUUGCUAUUCACUGAUAUAUGGUGUAACCCUUUUCUCUAAAGUUUGUAUUUAAGUUGAAAAAAAUGCUACUUGUUUCACUCGUGGAGGUUAUUCGCCUUAUUACGACUUAAAAUCGUCCUCAUAUUGCAAUAUUUUGCCGUAUACAUAUCGCGCUAUGAAAACAACAUUUAUAAUAUUCAUAAGAUGGAAUCAAUAUUAUCAAUAUUAGGUUUUGCCCUUCACCG